AUGGCUACUAUGACACAAGAAAUAUUUCCCCUUGGAAAUCCAGCCCAAUGGUGGGAUAAGCAGUCUGUUGAGCAAGACGGCAAAACGUACUGGGUCACCGUCAACACUUAUUGCGGCGUCAACCGGCAAAUCACCACCAAGGAACAGGAAACCCAGAGAGACUGGCAAAGAAGAGCACCAGAACAUUUCAUGAAUGAAAUUACUAAGGGACUUCAAAACCAGUGGCCAACUAUCCAUGACAAGGUUGAGAUCAACGAUGGUGUCGGACAUGAGAAAUUCGGAAACUGGGCGGAUUGGUCCCGUACUAUCUGGAGACAAAUCAAUGAGGAUCGAAGAGUUGCAGGCCUCGCCCAUCCCCAGACCACCGUUCUCAACUCUUCCAAUCGCCAUUAG